GUCAGCUGGGGCUGGCGCUGCGCGGACGUUCGACGGCCAGACGGUGCACGCCGCUCGCAGCAGCACGUGCUCCAGCCGCGCGCUGCAGUCGGUGUCUGUGUCAGUGUUGGAGGGGUGUCGAUCUAUCGGUGCAGUGUAUAAACACUAUCUUUUGGUAGCGAUAGCAGUGCUAAAACACUGCUGCUACCGGCACCAAGAAAUCGCUGUAGCCGGGGAGGUCAUAAACGGGUGCCGUUGGACUUUACGCUGCGACAUGGAACUCUGGAGGGCCGUCGGCGCCGCCUUGUGACAUGAUGACGCUGCAUGAUGGGCGAGAAGGUCAACAGCGAGAGCCAGCCGCGCGUCAGCGUCACCUUCAUCAAUGCGCCCUCCUCGUGGCGGAAGGCCCAGCAGCGACUGCGGAAAGUCGGCGGCCACCUGGGCCUCAUCCUGCUGCUGAUGGUCUACACGGCCGGCGGAGCCAAGGUGUUCCAGGACAUUGAACUGCCUCGGGAGGAGGCGGACGUGGCCGUGGCUGUGACCAGGGUCAUGUCCCAUCGGAGUCGGCUCCUCUUCACAAUCGCAAACAGCAGUGAAGUGUCCAGCUCCGAAACCAUGCUCAGAGAGCUGCUGACCGCCUAUGAGGCCGAUCUCCUCGGAGCGGUGCGGUCAGGCGUUGACCUGACUCCGGGCGAGGACCGGUAUCAGUAUAAAUGGAACUACAUACAUUCCUUGUUCUUCUCUUCGACGGUGCUAACUACUAUUG